AUGGGCUGGUACGCUAGCUGGCACGAGGGCUACGCUCCUCUGGCGGAGGUAAGCUGGAACAAAUAUACACACAUGGCCUUUGCAUCUGUCACAACGAACUCCAAUUCUUCUAUUGCGCUGGAGGAAACCAACACGACCCUCCUCCAAGAGUUCGUAUCUACGGCUCACAAUAAUAGUGUGAAAGCGUUAGUGUCUGUUGGAGGUUGGGAUGGUAGCAGAUUCUUCUCAUCUAGUGUUGGAGACGCCACAAACCGGACUGCGUUUGUCAAAGCCCUCACUAACAUGGUCAGCAAUUACAGCCUCGACGGCAUUGACUUUGACUGGGAGUACCCCAACGGGGCAGGGCUCAGUUGCAAUACCAUAUCUCCUAACGACACCUCCAACUUCCUCUCACUCCUCCAAGAACUGCGCGACGAUCCCAUUGGUGGCUCUCUCGUUCUUUCUGCCGCCGCAUCAAUUCGGCCAUGGAACGACGCCACCGGACAACCCUCCGCCAACCUCUCCGACUUCGCUUUAGUCCUUGACCAUAUCGCCAUCAUGGACUAUGAUCUCUUUGGAUCGUGGUCUGACACCGCUGGGCCUAAUUCAGCUCUCAAUGAUACUUGUGCGCCUACCACAGCUCAGACAGGAUCGGCUGUGAGCGCCGUGAAUGCAUGGAGCACGGCAGGGAUUCCUAAGGACAAGAUCGUGCUUGGAGUGCCUUCAUAUGGUCGCUCGUUUAACGUGUCGAACGAGAAUGCAUUCCCCAAUGGGACGAGCACAUUGGCGUUAUUCCCGGCCUUUGAUAAGAAUAAUCAGCCUUUGGGGGAUUCUUGGGAUAGUCCUGGUGUUACGACCGAUGCUUGUGGGAAUGAGUCAGGCCCCAGUGGCGUUUUCGAGUUUAGAGGGUUGAUAGAAGAAGGGUAUCUGACGGAAAAUGGCACCGUUGUGGAUGGGGUUGACUACGUCUUCGAUGACUGUUCGCAGACGCCACGCAUCUACAACUCUACAUCUCAAGUCUACAUUGCCUACGACAACGCACAAUCCAUGGCUGCCAAGGGCAGUUUCAUCGCCUCCCAGGGGCUUCGCGGUUUCGCCAUCUGGGAGACCGGAGGGGACAGGAGCGAUAUUCUUCUUGACUCUAUUCGCUCUAGCAUUGGAUUUUCAUGA